AUUCGCUUCCUUUCCUAAACACACUCAUCACCAUCUUUCGCCUGUUUCCCCUCGGUCCUUGUCCUCAAAGAACAAACAAAAGAACACCUUCAAGAUGACCAACGACCGCGGUUACUUGGGAGUUACCCCUCCCAUUUCUGUAGUAGAAUCCACCGAACGAGAGAAGGAAGUGACAUCGACGCUGAUGGAGGAACUUCGACGGCAGGGCACUUUUGAAACUGAUGAAGAGGCGCGGACAAGAGAACUCGUAUUAGGUCGUGUCUCCGCUUUGGUCAAGAAAUUCGUUCAAAAAGUUGGUAUAAUGCGAGGUUUAUCAGAAUCUGCAGCGGUCGCUUCUGGUGGCAAAAUCUUUACGUCUGGAUCGUACCGGUUGGGUGUUCAUGGGCCUGGCUCCGAUAUUGAUACUCUUUGUGUGGUCCCAAAACAUGUUUCGCGGGAUGACUUCUUCGAGUUUUUUGAGCCUAUGUUGAGAGAGUUUGACGGGGCAACCGAGGUAGCCGGUGUUCCGGAGGCGUAUGUACCUAUCAUCACAGCAAACAUCUCCGGAAUACCGAUGGAUUUCCUGAUGGCUCGGCUGGCAUUAUCAUCAAUACCGGAAGACCUUUCCCUGCAGGAUGAUAAUUUGCUUCGAAAUAUAGAUGAACGAUGCGUACGGAGUUUAGGAGGUUCUCGAGUGGCAAAUGAAAUUCUGCGGCUCGUGCCUAAUGUCCAAGUUUUCAGAGAUUCGUUACGAUGUAUCAAAUUGUGGGCGCAACGACGAGCUAUCUAUUCAAAUGUUAACGGUUUCUUUGGCGGUGUGGCCUGGGCGAUGCUGGUUGCCCGAAUAUGUCAAUUGUAUCCGAAUGCGAUUGCAGGGGCAAUCGUCAGCCGGUUUUUCAUCAUCAUGUACCAGUGGUCGUGGCCACAACCUGUAUUAUUGAAACAAAUCGAGGAGGGCCCUUUACAGGUCAAAGUCUGGAACCCAAAACUCUAUCCGGUGGAUAGGGCACAUAGAAUGCCGAUUAUCACACCGACAUAUCCAGCAAUGUGUGCAACUCACAACGUAACAGCUUCAACGCAAAUGAUUACGACCGAAGAAUUCAAGAGGGGUGCUGACAUUGUCGACAAAGUUAUUGUUGGCACUGCCCAAUGGUCUGAACUCUUUCUUAAACACGACUUCUUCCAUAAAUAUCGCUACUAUCUGCAAAUCAUUGCUUCGACAGGUGAUGCAGACUUACAGAUCAAGUGGUCUGGAACAGUGGAAUCACGUAUACGGCAGCUCGUCAUGAAACUUGAGUAUGUCGAUUCCUUGAUUCUCGCUCAUCCUUUCAUCAAGGGCUUUGAGCAAGUCUGUUACUGUAUUUCGGAGGAGGAGAUUCAUGCUGUUGCUAAGGGUGAGAUAUCGGAGACCAUCGCGAAGCGGAAGAAGGAAGACAUAGAAGGCAAAGAUGGUGCAGGACCAGUAUACACUACAACAUUUUACGUUGGAUUAGCAAUUGAACCCAAACAACCUGGUGCUGUUGGACCACGGCGACUUGAUAUAUCAUAUCCGACUACCGAAUUUACUAAGCUUGUAAAAAUGUGGGAGAAAUUUGAUGAAGCGACAAUGGGAAUUGUAGUGCGAAAUACCAAAAGCUCUCUAUUACCCGACAACGUAUUCGAUCCUGGUGAGCGUCAGCCCAAGCCAGCGGUAAAACGAACAAAGGGUGGGAAGUCAAGUAAUACUUCCCCAGAUAUGCCGAGCAGCAAGCGUCCGCGAACGUCCAGCAAUCCUCCUACGAAGGAUGUCCCCGCCAAGGCGAACGAGAAUGGGGCCGUACCUCCCAUCACGCUAACUCCAGUCAUUGAGACCGCAGGCGCGUUCGCUCCAAAGGACUCAUCAGGUAUCAAGACUCCUCAAUUACCUUUUGGUGAAAAUGUCGCCGUUGCCACAGGUGCCCAGUAGAAUGAAACAAGACAGACUCCGGAUCUAUGAACUACAACUCAAAAGCAUUUGUAAAAACCUUCAUCGUGGUAAAUGGUUCAUUCAUGCUGUUCAUUUUACAGGAAUCAUACGGUGUAUUAACUUACAGGCCAUGGUCUAUAGGCUUUGAACGAGGAUACUUACAGUAAAGUUAUUGAUUUGCCUUCUUGCCUUCUUCCCCUCGUUUUCACCUUUACAUCCUCUUUCCUUACUCAUAUAAUAGCGAAUUCGACUGAUCAUUGUAUAUCUUCCCAACGAAUACCUGUAUCAUAUUCAGAUAACCUAACAAACCAAUUUUAUUGUUGCUCAAUGCUUUCUGAAUUAUAUG